UAAAAUUAAAUCUAAUAUUUAGAUUCUUCUAUUUAUUAAAAAUUUAUAAGAUAAACAUCUAAGCAAAUAAGCAAACAAACUCAUAGAUAAAUAUAAAAAAAGUAAAUCUAGAAUGAUGUCAUCAGACCCUACCACUUAGUUAAAAAACUAAGCAUAUUUAAAGUUCGUUAACGAAGCCUCCAUAGAAAAAAAAAAGAUUAAAAUUCGCUCCUUUUAUUUAUUCCAUAAGUGUCAAUAUUUAUGUCUUAAAGACUUGAAUAAUAAAGAAUCUGAAACUUGCAUGCAAAACUGUUAAUUUGAGUUAGAUAAGUUUCAUGAAUUCAGAAAAUCCAAAAGACCUGAAAGCAAGAUUUUCUAUGCUCUUCCUUAAGAUUUAAAAUAGAUUGAAGAAAUGAACUUAUCCCAAGAUGAAUAUAUGUUAAGUAAAAAGAAAAUUGCAGAUUACAGAAAGAAGACAUAAAUUUAUGUUGAAAAUAUGAAAUUGUAUCUUGAUGAUUGGGAGAAGCUCUACAAAAAAUGAAAUAAAUAAAUAAAUUUUGAAUUAUUUAUCAAUUGAUAUUAAUUUAAAAAACCAAAUAAUUUUUUAAAGACUCUAAAAUUGUAUAUAUAUAUUCAAUUAAUUAAUUGAUCUAUCUUAGUAAAGCUUUAUUUUAUAAUAUUUCCUUAUGAGAUUUAAAAUCU